GCAAUUGGCAUGGAAAUAUGGGUCAUAAACGUGAGAAAGUGGUUUCAGUUCAUUCUGAUACAGAGACCCUGUGGUGGAGCCGUUGAUACUGUGGGAGCUGAAACAAAUCUCUCGUCCCGGUUUCUUCAAAAUCCUCACUAUGUUAAGCAAUUCCAUAUUCUAGCAGUGGUUGAGGACUCAUUGUACACUAAUGUUCCAUUAAUAUGGACAGAGAUUGGUCAACAUAACCCCAUGUCAGGUUGGGAGAAGAAGAACACGUACAAGUUUUGUCAUUCUAUUCUACAUGAAAAUCUGAAAUAUUAUGCAUCUGCUUCAGUAACCUAUCAUAGAUAA